GCAGUUUGGGUGGUAUUCGUGCUGCCUUCCCUCUCCACUGGCUGCGCACGCGGCUGCGGCGUCUGUCACAAAGCGGGACACCAAGCGUUCUCGAACGCUCCACUGAAAUGACAGCUUUUUUCCUUAGUUACUAUUUCCGUUUUUGACUCAUUUCAUCCGAGGCAAUUUCUGUGGACAGCCAACUAUGAAGUACGUACUUAAUGGCUUAAAACGGCAGAGACAGCGUUACAAGCACGCUAGCACAAACGAAAGAAACCAGCAGUUGCAAUUGAAACUUUUCAAAUGAACAUUGGAGCUGCAUACAAUAAUACCACGGAGUCAUGUACAUCAAGAUGCUGCUGACUCUUCGUGACAGAAGGUAGAAUAAUGCAGCAUUCGCCCUUACUUGUGAGGCUGAGAAUAAGACAUUCGUCACAAUAUGUGUCUAAUGGAGUGGAGUUCAUAGUGCUGUGACAAGAAUUGUGGUAACCAUCCCAUCCGAUGGAUAGUGCUGCGAGGACUGGGAGAGUCACCAGUUUCGACCUGCUGCCACCUGGUGACAGCAAAUGAUGGAGAAGGCGGGAGGCGGCUCCUCUGAGACUGUGCUCAACACCAGUCUAGAGACGUGCAUUCGCAAGUACCAGGACUUCGUGUCGCCCAAUGGCGGCCUGUACUGCAACUGGACGUGGGACCAGGUCCUGUGCUGGCCGCCAACCAGGGCGGGGACGACGGCCAAGCAGCGCUGCCCCAGCUUCAACGGCCUGGACCAGACCAAGUUCGCCGUGCGGCGGUGCUCGCUGGAAGGUCGGUGGGAGGGCCGCGACCCUUCGUCCCCUCAGGGCUGGACCAACUACACGCCCUGCUACCUGCCGGAGACCCUGCAGCUCAUGCGGAGGCUCUACGCCGGCUCUGAGGCCGCCGCCAAGGUGAAGCUGGAAAUCGCGGAGCGCACGCGCGCCCUCGAGAUCGUCGGCUUCAGCGUCUCGCUGGCGGCCCUGCUGGUGGCGCUCGCCAUCUUCUGCAGGUUCAGGAGCCUCCGAAACAACCGGACGCGCAUCCACCGGAACCUGUUCGUGGCGAUGGUGGUGCAGGUGGUGAUCCGGCUGACGCUGUACGCCGACCAGGCGGUGGUGCGCGGCGGCGGAGGAGGCAGCGUCCAGGAGCAGGCGGCGGCGGGAGCGGCGCCCCCUGGGGGCGGCGGCGGCACCGGGGGCGGCCACCGCCAGGGCAUCGACAACACGCCUGUGUUAUGCGAGGCGUCAUAUGUGCUGCUGGAAUACGCCCGCACGUCCAUGUUCAUGUGGAUGUUCGUCGAGGGGCUCUACCUCCACAACGCAGUCACAGUGACGGUCUUCCAGGAGAGCUCGUUCCUGCUGGUGUACUCUCUGCUGGGCUGGGGGGUGCCCGUGCUGAUGACCGCCGCCUGGGCCGCCACCACCGCGGUCAUGUUCGGGGGCUCCAACAGAUGUUGGUGGGGAUACAACUUAACACCGUACUUCUGGAUACUAGAGGGCCCGCGAUUGGGAGUUAUUCUGCUCAACUUCCUCUUUCUGCUGAACAUCAUCCGUGUGCUGGUAGUCAAGUUGAGGCAAAGUCACACGAGUGAAAUAGAGCAGGUCAGGAAGGCGGUGCGUGCUGCGGUGGUGCUGCUGCCACUGCUGGGCAUCACCAACCUGGUCAACAUGGCGGACGCCCCGCUGGACAGGGCCGCGUGGGAGUUCGCGCUCUGGUCCUACGCCACGCACUUCCUCGUCUCCUUCCAGGGCUUCUUCAUAGCCUGCCUCUACUGCUUCAUCAACGGCGAGGUGCGGGCGGCCAUCGUGAAGAGCGUGUCGGUGUACCUGCUGCUGCGGCGCCACCACCAGGCGUCGGCGGCGCGCCGCAUGUCCGUCUUCUCCGGCGUCUACGUGGCGGCCGGCGCGCGCCAGCCGCCCCCCGUCGCCUGCACCGCCCUGGUCGGAGCCGCUGGCGCCGGCGCCGGCGGCGGCGGCGUGGCCACGCCCACCUCCAAGAAGCGCAAAAGGUCCGUAUCCCGCUGCUCAGUGAAGAGAAAAUGUCGUGCCGACGAGAAAGGAGACGGCGAGGACUGUGAGGACGAGAUGGAGAAAGAGCAGGUGGUGGUGGGGUCUGUGGUGGAACCACGGCGCAUCAGCAGCAUCACGACCAGGCCCUCCACUGGUACGUGCCACCUGCCUGUCAACACGUACACCACGUAG